AUGGAAAUCUUGUGUCAGAGACCGUUCAAGGUCACUCGUCCUUCAAACUUCAAAAAAGCAAUAAAUAGUCUGGGUUGCAUUGGACUGUCCACUGCUGAAGGAGAGCAAUGGAAACAGGAAAAGAAGUUGGUUUCCUCUACUUUAAACAGACUUCACAUGAGAGACUAUGUUCCCAUGCUCACUGAAAAUGCUGCAGCAUUGACACAAAAGUGGGAAGUUGAUGCAGAGGGAAGCCCUGAUAAUGUUGUGACGGUGAACCAAGACUUGAUGCAUGCAAUUGUUGAUAGUGUUGGGAAGGUGAUCUUGGAUUAUCUUGAUGGCUUUGGGACAAAUCUUCGUGGUGGUAUGGCUUCUGUUGGAGGAAUCAUUGACCAGUUCGAACAGCAGCGUGCUGUGAACCCAGAAUGGGAUCAUGGAGCUGUGAAGUCCAAAGGUUUUCUGGGGAAGCUUUAUGAAGCCAUGGAAAAAGAGAAUUCAAGAAUCACCCAUCAGCGAAUUGUAGGAAACAUUUUGACUACAUUUGUUGCAGGAGCUGAAAUCAAUUGCAUGUCAUUGAUCACAGCCUUGUCUAUCCUUGCAUCUGAAAAGGAUUUGCAAAGUGAGCUUAGCGAUCACAUCAGGGACUUUGAUUUGGAGGCAGCAACCCUUGAGGACUAUUACACCAAAGCACCACUGCUCAAGUCAUUCCUGCAUGAGGUUCAUAGGUACCACUGUACACCUUUUCUUGCCCUUCAAGUAUCAAGUGAGAUCCCGUUUGGGGAAACAACUUUGUCAAAAGGCACUGAUGUCCUUAUCUUUGCAAGGCACAUCAUGCUCCAGAAGGACACUCCUGCUAAAGGUAUUCCCUGUGGCCCUGACAACGCACCACCACAUCUGUUUUCUUAUCGCCGAUAUCUUGUACCUGUCAACGAGGACAGCACGAGCAACAAGGUUGAACCCAAGUGGCAGUGUGUGCAUCCUUGUAAUAGAGGAUCGGCAUUUCUUGCAUUUGGUCAUGGUGCAAGAUCCUGCCCUGGAAGACACUACAGUGAAGUCCUAUCGUAUGCCAUGCUGAUCAAGUUGCUUCAGACCUUUGAAUUUGAACUGGCCCCUACCACCCACCAAUUAAGAUUGUUGCGGAAUCCGUCAUGGCCCCUGACAAAGACAUUCAACUCAGGCUGA